AUGAUAGUGGCUAUCUUUGAAGAUCACCAUAAGCGCCCCAGUACGGCUUUCGAUACCAGUUCGAUGCUCAUCACAUUUGUCACGCUAGGAAGAUGGUUGGAAAAUCGAGCCAAAGGACAGACGUCUGCUGCUCUAUCUCGCCUUAUGUCCCUAGCCCCAUCUAUGACCACUAUUUGGGAUGAUCUUAUCGCAGCCGAGAGAUUAGUUGAGGGUACCUCAGGAUUGUCGGAGAAUACUGCAAUGAGUCAGAAAAUUAUCCUCACUGAAUUGAUACAAGCCGGUGACAUUAUCAUUCUCCGUCCCGGCGACAAGGUCUCGGCGGACGGAGUAGUGAUCCGAGGCGAGAGUUAUGCCGAUGAAAGCAUGAUCACCGGGGAGGCUUUACCAAUUCUCAAGACUGAGGGUAGCCAUAACAUUGCUGGUACUAUCAAUAGUACAGGUGCAAUUGACUUCAAGGUUACUCGAGCCGGCAAAGAUACCCAGCUCAGCCAGAUCUUGAGAUUGGUCCAGGAUACGCAGAUUAGUCCCGCCCCUAUCCAGCGUACUGCUGACACAAUCUCCGGCUACUUUGUUCAGACCAUUAUUGGCCUUGGGCUCUCCACCUUCCUUCGGUGGAUGAUUCUGAGCCAUGUCUUGUCCAAUCCACCCCUAGUGUUCCAGUCCGAGGAUAGCGGUGGUCGUAUCAUGGUCUGUUUGAAACUAUGUAUUUCGGUCAUCGUCUUCGCGUGUCCCUGUGGUCUGGGGCUCAGUAUACCAACUGCCGUCAUGGUUGGUACCGGGGUGGGUGCAGAACAUGGGAUUCUUAUCAAGGGAGGUGCCGUCCUCGAAGCCGCCACCAAGGUCAACCAUGUGGUGUUUGAUAAGACCGGUACUUUGACGGCGGGUCAUAUGAGCGUGGAUCAGGUCUUGAUUGAGCCGCACUGGACGACAAAUGGCUGGAGGCGUCAGUUAUGGUGGAUGAUAUUUGGACUUGCUGAAAUGGGUAGCGAGCAUCCCAUCGGCCGUGCUAUCCUGUCUAAAUCCAAGACUGAAACAGCUCACUCUGGGGAGGAAGGGAUUUCUGGCAGCAUUGGAAAUUUUGAUACAUGCGUCGGCAAGGGAAUCUCUGCUGUUGUUGAGCCUGCCUCUAAUGUUGAACUUAUUCAAGCCUAG